AAACGACCAGGACAAUGUCGAAAAUAAUGCCAAAGAUGACAUUAUAAUGCAAAUACUUAAGGAUGAAAGAGAGAAUGAAGAAGAGGAGGGAGAUACCAAAGAUCAGGAACAACAGCCUGCAUCUCAAAUACAAGGGAGGCCAUCACGGGUAGAUCCUGACAAAGAAAGCUGUGACUUCAUUCGAGAUGCAUCUGUGGAAAAUGCAGAAGAGAGUCUCCUAAAUGCAACAUCAGAGUCAGCUUUUGAUGGCGAAGAUAAGACCUAUGAAAAAUACAAAAUGAUUGAAGAAUCGGGAGGGCAUGGGAAGAUAGAUGCAUCAGCUGUCACAAUAUUAGAUGUGACAGAACCCCUUGCAAAUAUUCCGGAUAAUGAUAUCAGAUCUGAAUUACAGACGGAAAAACAUUCCUCUGAUAUGAACUUUGAAGCGUUCAUGCAAGAUGCUGUUACUGAAAGUUUACUAGAGUCAAGUGCAGUUUCUGAGCAAACUGAAAUCAGCAUAAUUCCAGAAGAUUCUCAAGGAGUACAGAAAGAGGACGGAGAUAGUGAAGGACUGGCAGAGAAGGACAAAGGACCAGAAUUUCCAGAGCAGAAUAAUGUGAUAGAUCAGAACAUAAAACAGACUAUGGUGGUUGUAAAAGAUGACGAACAUGAGAUGACAGAGACAGUGAGAAGGUCAACACAGGAACUGUGUGAUGAUGAGGCUGAUAAAGCAGAGGGACAUGCAGAGAUAACAUCAGAACAACAGCAAAGAUCUUCAUUAAAUAUAUCUCAGAAACAAGAUGGUCCACCACAAGAUGAUUCUGAAAACAUGCUUGAAAGUGAAGCAGAAGAGAUGUUUCUCAGGGCAAACACAGUACAUGCAGCUUUUGAAAGGAUGAUUAAGACAAAGGAUGAAAGCAAAGAGACUGAAGAAGACUUCAAAGAAACGGAAGCAGCAGAACAUUUAACCAACGUGAACAUUCAGGAUAAUGCUAAUCAGUCAGAUUUACAAAUAGAAAACCCAGAGCAAAAUAAAGUAUUAACCAAAAGGCAAAAUAAUAUAAGUCCUCAUAUAAAUCUGGAAGAACUUCAAGAAAGCGAACAUGCUAAGAACGUUUCAGCUGUGACUGACUCUGGUCUCUCCUUAGAAGAUUCAGGAGAGUCACACAAAGAACUUGAAAACAUCAAUGAGAUCCCAGAAGAGUCUCAGAAAGAGGAGAAACAAUCAAAAAUAAAGCCACUUGUUCACAAGCGAAAAAUGAGAGGAAACAAAGGGCAACGAAAAGACAGAGAACAAGAUGAUGAAAGUGAAACACUUAAUGAGGACAAAGAACAGGAGAGAGAAAUAAGUAGGGAAAAAGAUACCGGUCCUGUUGAAGAGUUGGACUCAACCAUCAUACAGUCGUCAUGUAAUGCUGAGAAAUCCACUGAAGAGAGAAUCUGUGAUAUCACAGAAUCACAAACUACCACAAAAUUUCAUGCAGAGUCUCAGGAAACUGCUGGAGAUGGUGAAAGUUUACCAGCAGGGGGAGACACAGAAGCACAUUUGGAAAUUCAAACAGACAUUCAAAUGUUUGACUCAACAAUUAUUGAAGAAGGAACAGAAGAAAACAUCUGUGAUGAUGAUGUUCUCAGGAGUCAUGUUGAGUUCGUUGGAGACACAUUUACAGUAGAGAGUAAUAUGACUAUUGAGUCAGAUCUUCUUCAAAACAACACAUCACUUGAUACAAACCAGGAAGCAUUAAAAUCAUCUGAAAAUGCUCAGAAUGUCUCUGCUGUGACUGAUACUGGUUUUCCACUGAAAGAUGUUGUCCUAGUUGGUUCAGGAGAGAAAACUGAAAUGAGCAUUAUUUCAGACAAUUCUCAAGGAGAUUCUCCAUCAAAAUUAAAUCCACUUGCUCACAAACGAAAAAUGGGCUCAACUCGCAGACCACUCAGAGGGAACAAAGAAAAAAUCAAAAAUGCAGAAGAAAAAGAGGAUGGAGGUAGUGAAGGAGUGGCAGAAGAGGACACAGACCUACAUUCAGAAACUCAAGAGCAGAAUAAUGUGAUAGAUGACAACAUAAUAAAAACUAUAGAUGUAAGCGAUAAUGAAGAACAUGAGAUGACAGAGACAGUGAGAAAGUCAACACAGGAACUGUGUGAUGAUGCAGUUGAUAAAGCGGAGGGGCAUGCAGAGAUUACAUCAGAACAACAGCUAAAAUCUUCAUCAAAUAUAUGUCAGACACAAGAUGGUUCACCACACGAUGAUUCUGAGAACAUGCUGGAAAAUGAGAUGAGCGUUCGAGAAGAAAAAGAUGAAGAAACCAAAAAUGCAGUAACUAAUAUUGAGGCCACAAAGUCAGAAGAAAUAUUUACUCUUGAAGACAUUAACUCAGAAGUUACGGUCACACCUCAGACACAAAACCAACUCUUCAUCCAAACUACAGAUGAAGACGUUGAUGACUAUAUCCAAACAGUUAAAGAUGUGUAUGAGGAAAGCGGAGGGGAUGAAAUGUUCCUUAGUACAAACACUGAUGCAUCUUUUGACAGCAGAAAUGAGACAAAAGAUGAAAGCAAAGAGACUGAAGACUUCAAAGAAAUAACCAACCUGAUCAUUCAGGAUAAUGACAGUCAAUUCGAUUUACAAAGAGAAAAUACAAAGCAAAAUAAAGUAUUAACAGAAGAGCAAAAUACAAAUACAACUCUUCAUAUAAAGCUAGCAGAACGUCAAGAAACUGAACAUGCUGAGAAUGUUUUUGCUGUGACUGACUCUGGUCUCUCAUUUGGAGAUUCAGGAGAGUCACACAAAGAACUUGAAAACAUCAAUGAGAUCCCAGAAGAGUCUCAGAAAGAGGAGAAACAAUCAAAAAUAAAGCCAGUUGUUCACAAGCGAAAAAUGGGCUCAACACGUAGACCUCUGAGAGGAAACAAAGGGCAACGAAAAGACAGAGAAUGGCAUGCGGAGUCUCAUAAAAAUGCUGGAUAUGUUGCAAGUGUACCAGUAGGGGGAGACACAGAAGCACGUUUAGAAAUUCAAACAGAGAUUAAAACGUUUGACUCAACUGUUGAAGAAGGAAAAAAAGACGACAUCUGUGAUGAUGAUGUUCUCAUGAGACAAGCUGAGUUUGUUGGAGAUAAAUUAACAGUAGAGAGUAAUAUGACUAUUGAUUCAGAGUUUCUUCAAAAUAACCCAUCACUUGAUACAAACCAGGAAGCGUUGAAAUCAUCUGAAAAUGUGGAAAACAUUUCAACUGUGAUUCAUUCUGAUCUUGUCUUGCAAGACGUUGCCACUGAAAGUUUACUAGAGUCAAACACAGUUCCUGAGAAAACUGAAAUCAGCAUCAUUCCAGAAGAUUCUCAUGUAGAAGAUUCCCUUUCAAAAUUGAAUGCAGUUGUUCACAAACGAAAAAUGGGUUCAACCCGCAGACCACUCAGAGGAAACAAAGAUAAAGAAGAUUUAAGAGAGGCAAAGGAGGAAGACAUGCAACCACACUCAGAAAUACAAGAGCAGAAUGAUGUAAUAGAUCACGACACAAUGCAAAAAAGAAUGGAUGUAAGACAUAAUGAAGAAAAAACCUCAGGGACAUUGAGAAUAUCGGUACAGGAACUCUGUGAGCACCUGUCUGAAAAUAAGGAGUGGCAUAGUGAUAUUACAUUAGAACAAGAGCAAACAUCUUCAUCAAAUAUAUCUCAAACACAAACUGGACCAUCACAAGAUGAUGCUUACAAAAAUUUACCAGAGAUCCAAGAAUCCAAUAGUCUUGUUUUGUCUGAGGCCUUGUUAAUGGAAGAAAACCAAAUUCACGUGUCUGAGCCUGUUGUCACGGUUGGAACUCCUCAAAUAGAGGAUGGAGAAAUCCAGUCAGUGUUCAGCAGAUCUGUGCAGAAGAGGAAGAUGGGGUCAACCCGCAAAACUCAGAGAGGGCAGAGGAUGGAGAAAGAGAGAGAAUUGGGAGAAGAACUAGAUGGUGAAACAAAAAAUGCUACAACCAACGAAGAUACCAUUAAACCACAGGAGAACUUUAUUCUUGAAGAAGUGAUGUCAUUAACUAUUACAGGAACUCAUGCGCAUCAGCAACCAUCUAGUUUACCUUCGAAUAAAGAAGGCCAUGACAUUGAGAAUAAUGGAAGUAAACUGGACAAUCAGACAGAAAACCCAGAACAAGCUGAAAUACAAGAGCAAAAUGAUCCAAAUUUUAAUACAAACCCUCUUCAAAAUCAAGAUAAAAGUGAAAUCAUCAUUUCUGAAAAGUCUCACACUGAAAGCAUACAAUCAAAUAUGACUCCAACUGCUCAAAAGCGAAAAAUGGGAUCAAGCCGUAAGACACUGAGAGGGAACGGGCAGAGAACACGAGAGGUAGAAUCAAAAGAAAUAGAUGGAGAUAGUGAAAGAACAUCAGAAGAGCACUCAACGGAAUUUGCAACCAUUGAAAGAGAACCUGAGACGAAAUUGGAUGAAAAUACACAGUUCAAAGAGACUAGAAGCAAUGAAAGUCUCACACAUCCAGUAGCUACUUCAAAAAUAUUUUUUGAAACAGAGGAUGGGGUGAAAAAUGUUUCAACGACUAUUGUCGUUCUGUCUGCGGUGAGUGAGGAGAUCCAAUUCAAUGAAGCGCCUUCAGAAGCAUUUAGUACAGAUCUACAAUCAGAAAUGUUAGUCAGUGCAGAUGAAAUGAAAGUAGGUGAAAAAUAUGAUGGACCAUCAGAACUUGAAAAUCUAAACAAAUCCAAAAGUCUAGAAGAAGUUGAAAGUGAACAUCAGUUGCAGUUAACAGUGUUGGAUCAAUCACAUCAGGUGAUGCAUUCAGAAAAACAUCCAGGAUCAGAAAGCGUUACCCCUGAAAGGAGAAGAAAGAUGGGCUCGACUCGCAAAAACUUAAGAGGGAAACGAGAAGAGAAGAAGAGAGAAGAAUCUGAAAGCAAUCAGUUUGCGCCAGAAGAAGACCAGGACGGUGAAACUAGCAUACUACGAGAGGCAGAACGUGAUCAAAUAAUUCACGAUAGUCUUGAGCAGUCAGACAGCUCUCUUCUCAGCGAGAUAGAGAGAGCGUUGAGAAAGACUUCUCCAAGUUCACAAAACACUGACUAUCAAUUAAUCGUCAAUGAACCAAAGUUAGCAAAAGCUCCUAUUGAAACAUCUCAUUUCAAUACCCCAGAAAACUCACAACCAGAACAAGGCUCGGACAAAGAGAAAUAUGUGUCUCUCCAAGUGACGGAAUCACAAAAUCCAUCUGAAAUCAGCUCACCGGGACGGCGAAGAAAAAUGGGUUCGACUCGCAAGAAUCCCAGACAGCAACUUCAAGCAAAAAGAGAAGAUGAAAAUAAGGAGGAUGAGACAGAAGAGAGAAACAAACAAGAACCAAAAAGUCUCAAGAAGGACCUUGAAGCAGCUGAGGAAUCUAAAAUGCAUGAUUCCAGAGAUAAUGAAGAAAAUAAAGAGUAUCUUGAUGUACCUGUCACACUUACAAAUAGCUGUCAGACAGAGAAAACCACUAACUCUGCUGGCCAAGAAGGGACUUCACCAUCAACUAAAAGAAAAUUCGGGUCCAGGCGAACAAAUGUAGGCAAGAGAGACCUUGGUGGGCUGACCCCACCUGAAAGUAAUGAUGAUCUCACGGAAGACACCGGCGCUCGGCUGGUUUCUUUGGACCAGAUGAUAAAAGCAUCACAGCAUGAUGGAAGCCCUGGAAAAAAACAGACAGCAGAUUUAAAAAACGUUUCAGAUAUGGAAGUCGUUCAGUUUAAUGUGGUGAUGGUGGGAAACAGCUCUGUGGGAAAAACGUCUUUCGUAAGAAGCUUUCAUGGAGGAGAGUUCAGUCCGGAUUACUCCUCUACGAUUGGUGUUGACACCUGUGUACAGAACAUUGUGUUUCAUGACAGAGUUGUUAAACUGCAGAUAUGGGACACAGCGGGUCAAGAGAGGUUUCACAGCAUCACCACACAAGUGUUUCACAGGGCCGAUGGCCUUUUUCUCAUGUAUGAAAUCACAUCAUCGAAGAGUUUUAUUUCUGUGCGAGACUGGAUUUCUCAAGUUCAGGAAAAGGCUCCUGAUGAUGUCAUCAUGAUGUUGCUCGGCAACAAGAACGAUUGUGCUGGGCGUGAAGUCCAGGUUCAGGAAGGGAAGGAUCUCGCCAGAGAGUUUAAAAUUAAUUUCAUGGAGUGCAGUGCUGCAACUGGAGAUAAUGUGUCAGAAUGCAUGAAGAGUUUAGCUGAGAUGUUAGUGCAACGGAAGAGACAAACGAUGGAGGAACCCACAGCAUUGAAGAGAGAGCAACCACAGAAGAAAUCUGGUUGCUGUUGAGAUAAAUUCAUAUACAAACACUUCAAAA